AUGUCGUUUCAACGCAACACGCACGGCAGGCUAGCCGGCAAUGAGGUCGAGACGGUCGAUCUCACCUUCUCCUCGCCUUCGCCGGAGCCUCCGCCUAAGCCUCAACAACACCAGCGUCAUACAGGGCAACAGCGACUUCCAACCUACCUCAAUAAAGAGCAAGGCGCAACGCCAAUCAGGACAAACGGCGCAUCCUCGAGUACUUCACGAUCUCAAACUGCCACCAACAACCCCCAACCUCUACCUUCAGUCUCCGCGGCCCAUCUUCGCCAGAUCAUCAACAGCAGCCCUCCUCAAAAAGUCGCCGACCUCUUGCUCGAGCUUUGCAAGUCCUCGCCUGCACUUUCCGGAGCAGUUGCGCGCGGUCUGGCGCCCCAUUCGAUUUGGGCUCAGAACACCAUUAGGGACUAUCAAAGGAGGGCUAGACUGCCACGGGUGAAGUCAGAGUUAGGGAAUCCAUCGUCAUCCUCAGCAGCAGUUCCAAGGAAGUCUCCCGUCAAGCGCAGCUAUGGAUCGCCCAGAACUCCUCAUCCGAAGGCUCCUGUAAAAUAUGGCAUAGACAGCCUUGAACCCGAUACUGAUGACAGUCUGAGCGACCUGGAGGUGCUCCUUGAGCAACCUAGCGGCUCAUCGAAAGCCAAGGCCGUUGGCGGACCGUCCUCCUCGACCUAUGGCGCCACCGCUGAUCAGAAUCCAACACAGCCAGCCUUGUCUGUCAGGAUCAAGCCUGAGCCGAAAGCCAGCUCGGUCUGUAUGCAGUGCAACAAACAGAUCCAGCCGGAAACAACUUGUUAUUUUCAUGUUGGGCGCACAAAGACGUCUACGCAAGGCACCCAGAAAACCCAAGUUUGGACUUGCUGCAAUGAGCCAUUGAACUCUAUCGGAUGCUGCUCAGGGGACCACAUUCCUCUAAGAGAGACGAAGCUCGAUCCAGCAUCCGCAUCAACCGGCCCCAAAAAGCCUAGACUAAUCUAG